UUGUGUCCAUAACGUUGGACAUUUACAUCCGGUUUGUGUCUUCCGGUGGCUAGCCACCACAAACAACUCAUCUCUAAUCGAGGCUCAACCAGCGUGGUCAGCUAAGCAGCCUAGCGGGCAACCAUGAACAUUCUCCCCAAGAAGAGCUGGCACGUCCGUAACAAGGACAACGUCGCCCGUGUGCGGAGAGAUGAAGCUCAGGCAGCCGAGGAGGAACGUGAGGCCAAACGGCGAGUGGACCGAGCAGAGCAGGAGGCUCGUACGGAGUUCCUGCGAAGAAAAGCCAGAGCAGCGAUCCAGUCAGAAGGAGGAAGCAGGGAUGACAAAGUUGAGGAACCGAGUGGUCCUUUGGAGCAUCUCAACCUCUUCCCGCUUGAGGACUCCACGGAGAAGGGCAACCAGGAGUACCUCAAGGAAAAGAAAGAAGAGCAGGAGAAACAGGAGCGCGCCAUCGGCUUGCUGGUGUCUCUCGGACCUCAGCCCGGGACUGAGGUGACUCCCUGGUACAUGAAAACAGGCCUGGAGAAGGAAGAGGAGAAGAAGGCGAAAGAGAAGGAGAAGACCAAGGAGAUAAGCGAGGAGGAGAGGGAGAGGAAAGAUCGCAGGCUGAAGGACAGCUUGGACCCUCUGAAGGACAUGAAGGAAGCCUUGGGCGGGACCAGCCUGAAGGCGCACAAGAGCAAGAAGAAGGACAAGAAAGACAAAAGGGAGAAGAGGAGCAGCGGGGAAAGCUCCGUGGAGAGGCUUCGAGCGGAGCGCUUGCAGAGGGAGGCCGAGGAGCGGCGGCGAGCCCAGGCCCUGCUGGCUCAACGUAACGGCAAGGACAGGGAGUCGGGCAGGGAGCUGAACGAGCGCGAGAGGCCCUACAACAGCGCCUACUUCCCGGAACUGGCUCGCAAGCGACAGAGGCGGGACAGGGACAGCUGGAGAGAUGAGAUUCUGAAAUCCUAAAGGAAGUCUGAGAGUCGCCGAUGUUGCUGCUUCCGUUACCGCUACUUUUUCUCAUGCUUUCAACCCUGCGGCUCGUACAGUGAUGCGGCUAAUACUGUACCUGGUCACGCUCUCAGCAGAACCCUCGUCAUGGAGAACGUGUGGAGAGCUUCAGGAGCUUCGUGCAGUAAACCGGAAUACCGAAUGUGACCAGUAGAUGUAGGUAUAUCCUCUGUAAUGUGGACCACACAUCUGAAGAAGAUCUGGCAUGAGAACGUGGUGGCACACCGGGGCAUCUGGCAUGAGAACAUGGUGGCACACCGGGGCAUCUUCUGUGGCUGCACCCGCUCUCUACCCAGAUGCCCCUGACCUCCGGGGCGGCACAUGGACUACUCGGAGCGUGUGUCCGACCACCGUGCAUCUUGGCGGGACAGGUUCCAUGUUCCAUUGCAAACUAAGUCGAACAAGAUGUCGGACCUUCAAAGGGAAGGAUGAAGAUGGCAGCAGGAGAGCAACUUGUGGUGGCUACUGUUGAUGUUGAACGUUUGUGUAGAACAAGUGUGUAUAAUACAAUACCAUGUCAU